AAAUCCUUAACUCUUAUUAUAUUUCAUAAUUCUCUCCCGUGCCAACGGGAGAGAAAUAAGAAUUCAUGAUUAAAAACCCAGAAAUUACAUACAAACCAUUCAUCUUCGAGAAAAAUAAAGAUUAGAGGAUCAAAUUCUAAUUUCUUUUUCUUUUUAUCAAAUGCAUGCGAAAAAUAGGAUUUCUAGUAGUGGCCAUAGCACCCCAUCACCCCCGGCAUCACCACUACGGUCACCAAGGUACCGCCACGGAAGGAAACCGGGCCGGUUUAGCCCGUUCCAACCAGGGCGGACCGUUGCCCAUCAUGUCGCUUGGUUACUUCUCUCGGUUCUUCUUCGUCGACAAGGGAUUUUCCUCUUUGCUCCUCUCAUUUACAUCUCUGGGAUGCUUCUUUACAUGGGCACCGUUUCGUUUGAUGUGGUUCCCCUUGUUAAACACCGUCCGGCUCCGGGUUCCGUUUACCGAAGUACCCAAGUUUAUGAGAAGCUUAAAAUUGAGAUGAAUGAAGAUUAUUCCUCUGCUGAUGCGAUUUUGACUAUUUGGAAAAAUUCCUAUAAAGGGGGGGAGUGGAGGCCUUGUGUGAACAAGCCUUCUGAAGGUUUACCUGAAUCAAAUGGCUACAUUUAUGUAGAGGCAAAUGGAGGCUUAAAUCAGCAGAGGACAUCGAUAUGCAAUGCAGUUGCUGUGGCAGGCUAUCUUAAUGCAACACUUCUAAUCCCUAAUUUCCAUUUUCAUAGCAUAUGGCGAGAUCCCAGCAAGUUCAAAGACAUCUAUGAUGAAGAUUAUUUUAUCAGUGCGUUAGAGAAUAAUGUACAGGUUGUUGAUAAGAUUCCCGAGUACAUAAUGGAACGGUUUGAUCAUAAUUUGACCAAUGUCUACAACUUCAAAAUUAAAGCGUGGUCAUCCAUUCAGUAUUAUAGGGAUGAAGUGCUACCCAAGCUCCUUGAAGAAAAGAUUAUAAGAAUUUCUCCUUUUGCAAAUCGCUUAUCGUUUGAUGCUCCUCCAGUCGUACAAAGACUCAGAUGCUUGGCAAAUUAUGAAGCUUUACGGUUUUCAAGUACAAUACUAAGCCUUGGAGAAACUUUGGUUGCAAGAAUGAAAAAGCUCAGUGCAAAUACAGGGGGCAAGUACAUCUCUGUUCAUCUUCGCUUUGAGGAGGAUAUGGUUGCUUUCUCUUGUUGUGUAUUUGAUGGUGGGGAGCAAGAAAAAGAAGACAUGAAAAAUGCAAGAGAAAGAGGCUGGAAAGGAAAAUUUACCAAACCUGGUCGAGUUAUACGCCCUGGAGCAAUCAGGAUUAAUGGGAAAUGCCCACUUACUCCUCUAGAGGUUGGAUUGAUGCUAAGAGGAAUGGGAUUCGGUAACAAUACAUAUAUCUUUUUGGCAUCCGGGAAAAUAUACAAUGCUGAGAAAACAAUGGCUCCAUUAUUGGACAUGUUUCCCAACUUGCAGACAAAAGAGAUGCUGGCAUCCGAGGAAGAACUUGCUCCAUAUAAGAACUUUUCUUCCAGAAUGGCUGCCAUAGAUUAUACUGUUUGCCUUCAUAGUGAGGUAUUUGUGACAACUCAAGGUGGAAAUUUUCCUCAUUUUUUGAUGGGCCAUAGAAGAUAUUUGUUUGGAGGACACUCUAAGACAAUUCGACCCGACAAGCGAAAGUUGGCAUUGCUAUUUGAUAAUCCUAAUAUUGGGUGGAAAAGUUUCAAGCGACAAAUGCUGAAUAUGCGGUCUCAUAGUGAUUCAAAGGGAUUUGAACUGAAAAAGCCGGUUGAUUCGAUAUAUACCUUCCCGUGCCCCGAUUGCAUGUGCCGUACAAACAAAUCCGCAAACUCUGGAUCAUCAUCAGCAACAUGAUCUGCUUGGAGAGGGAUCUCGAUUGCUGUCUCUUUUCCCUGUGAAAUAUCAAGCACAUCUUGAUGCUGACCCUUAUUUUGUGUGUCUAAUUUGUUCAUUCUUUUCGUCCUCUUGAUGUUGCAAGGGGGCAUACAAUUCAAUUUUGGGAGCUUUUGAGGAAACAUUUUUUUUUUUUCAGAGAUCACAUUUAUCUAUUGAUCUAAUUAUUUCACUGGGAUUGAGUUGAUAAGGCGAAGCAUCGUUUUGCAUAUGAUGUUGGAGAACAUGAAAUUUGACAAUUUUGCAAUUGAAGGGUUUAACCUCCGGCAUUAACAGGAGGUCAUUUCGCCAUUAAUGUAGCAGCUGCAGAAUCUUACACAUGGUAUUCUUUCAGUCAUACUCAGGUUUUGAUUUUUCUUUUUUUAACUUUUUUUGGAAAGUAGUUGCAGUUUGAACUGUAAAACACAGGAAGGAAUUUGGUGUACAUUUGUUAGAAACCAGGGUAUUGAUUUUUGGUGUACAAUUUUGUUUCAUGGUUUUCAAUUUUAAUCCGAUUUCACUA